CUGGGACCUCGUCUGCGGGCGGCCCGGGCGCGGGACCGGGGCGCUGCCACCAUGAGGCGGCGCGGCGGGAGAUGCCUCCUACCCGCGCCUCCGCAGCUCCUGCUGCUGCUGCUGCUGCUGGGAGCGCUGCUCCGCGCCAGAGGUGUUGCAAGUAGCACCGAAUGCUCCUGUGGACGGAAUCAUUUUACAUGUGCUGUCAGUGCUUUUGGUGAAUGCACGUGCAUCCCUGCUCAGUGGCAGUGUGAUGGAGACAAUGACUGCGGGGACCACAGUGAUGAAGAUGGCUGCAUGCUGCCCACUUGCUCCCCAUUGGACUUCCACUGCGACAACGGGAAGUGCAUCCGCCGGUCGUGGGUCUGCGAUGGAGACAAUGACUGUGAGGAUGAUUCCGAUGAACAGGACUGCCCUCCACGGGAGUGUGAGGAAGAUGAGUUCUCAUGUCAGAACGGAUACUGCAUCCGCAGCCUGUGGCACUGUGAUGGUGACAACGACUGCGGCGACAACAGCGAUGAACAGUGUGAUAUGAGAAAGUGCUCGGAGAAGGAGUUCCGUUGCAGUGACGGGAGCUGCAUAGCUGAGCACUGGUUCUGUGAUGGUGACACAGACUGCAAGGAUGGCUCGGAUGAAGAGAAUUGCCCAUCAGAUGUUCCAGCUGCCACCUGCAGCUUGGAGGAAUUCCAGUGUGCAUAUGGCCGUUGCAUCUUGGACAUCUACCACUGUGAUGGCGAUGAUGACUGUGGGGACUGGUCUGAUGAAUCUGACUGCUCAUCUCAUCAGCCUUGUCGCUCUGGAGAGUUCAUGUGCAACAGUGGCCUGUGCAUUAAUGCUGGCUGGAGGUGUGAUGGAGACUUUGACUGUGAUGACCAGUCAGAUGAGAGGAACUGCACUGCAUCUAUGUGCACAGCUGACCAGUUCCGCUGUAAAUCAGGGCGAUGUGUCCGUCUGUCCUGGCGUUGUGAUGGGGAAGAUGACUGCUCUGACAACAGUGAUGAGGAGAACUGUGAGAACACAGGGACCCCUCAGUGUGCCCCAGACCAGUUCCUGUGUGGGAACGGGCGUUGCAUUGGCCAGAGGAAGCUGUGCAAUGGAGCAAAUGACUGUGGAGAUGGCAGUGAUGAGAGCCCACAUCAGAACUGCCGUCCACGAACAGGGGAGGAGAACUGCAACGUCAACAACGGUGGCUGCGCUCAGAAGUGCCAGAUGGUACGAGGGAUGGUGCAGUGCACCUGCCACACAGGUUACAGGCUCCUGGAAGAUGGUCGAUCGUGCCAAGAUGUGAAUGAAUGUGCUGAGGAAGGUUACUGCAGCCAAGGCUGUACCAACAGCGAAGGAGGCUUCCAGUGCUGGUGUGAGCAAGGCUACGAGCUGCGGCCUGACAAGCGUAGCUGCAAAGCUCUAGGGCCAGAGCCAGUGCUGCUCUUUGCCAAUCGAAUCGAUAUCCGACAAGUGCUGCCUCAUCGCUCAGAGUACACCCUGCUGCUGAACAACCUGGAAAAUGCCAUUGCCCUUGACUUCCACCACAGCAAGGAGCUGGUGUUCUGGUCUGAUGUCACUCUGGAUCGCAUCAUGAGGGCCAAUCUGAAUGGGAGCAAUGUGGAGGAGGUGGUUUCCACAGGGCUGGAGAGCCCAGGUGGACUUGCUAUUGACUGGAUCCAUGACAAAUUAUACUGGACAGACUCUGGGACAUCUCGAAUUGAAGUAGCAAACUUGGAUGGGACUCACAGGAAAGUGCUGUUGUGGCAGAACCUGGAGAAGCCACGAGCCAUUGCUCUACAUCCUAUGGAGGGCACUAUCUACUGGACUGACUGGGGCAACACUCCCCGCAUUGAGUAUUCCAACAUGGACGGCUCUAAUCGACGCAUCAUUGCGGAUACACACCUCUUCUGGCCCAAUGGGCUGACCAUUGACUAUGCAGGACAUCGAAUGUACUGGGUGGAUGCCAAGCAUCAUGUCAUUGAGAGGGCUGACCUCGAUGGGCGGAAUAGAAAGGCUGUUAUUAGCCAGGGCCUUCCACACCCAUUUGCUAUCACUGUGUUUGAGGACAGUUUGUACUGGACAGACUGGCACACCAAGAGCAUCAACAGUGCCAACAAAUUCACAGGCAAGAACCAGGAGAUCAUCCGCAACAAACUGCACUUCCCUAUGGACAUCCACACACUGCAUCCUCAGCGCCAGCCAGCAGCAGGGAGAAACCGUUGUGGGGCCAACAACGGGGGCUGUACUCACCUCUGCCUGCCGAGCAGCAAGGGUUACACCUGCGCCUGCCCCACGGGCUUCCGCAAGACCAGCAGCCAUGCCUGCGCCCAGAGUCUUGACAAGUUCCUGCUUUUUGCCCGAAGGAUGGACAUCCGUCGGAUCAGCUUUGACACAGAUGACCUGUCAGAUGAUGUCAUUCCCCUUGCUGAUGUUCGCAGCGCUGUGGCUCUAGACUGGGACUCAAAGGAUGACUAUGUCUACUGGACAGACGUUAGCACCGACUCAAUCAGCAGAGCAAAAUGGGAUGGAUCGAGCCAGGAGGUUGUAGUAGACACCAGCCUGGAAAGUCCAGCUGGACUGGCAAUAGACUGGGUCACCAACAAGCUGUACUGGACUGAUGCAGGAACAGAUCGGAUAGAAGUCUCCAACACAGAUGGGACCAUGAGAACUGUUCUGAUAUGGGAGAACCUAGACAGACCAAGAGAUAUCGUGGUGGAUCCUGUUGGAGGGUUCAUGUACUGGACUGACUGGGGAGCCAGCCCCAAGAUUGAGCGUGCUGGUAUGGAUGCCUCAAACCGCCUGGUGAUCAUUUCCUCCAACCUGACAUGGCCUAAUGGCCUGGCCAUUGACUACGAGUCACAACGCUUGUACUGGGCAGAUGCAGGCAUGAAGACCAUCGAGUAUGCCAAUCUGGAUGGAAGCAACAGGAAGGUGCUGAUUGGGAGCAAUCUGCCUCACCCCUUUGGACUUACUCUUUAUGGCGAGAGAAUCUACUGGACAGACUGGCAGGCCAAAAGCAUCCAGAGUGCAGACAGAAGGACUGGGCAGGCUCGGGAAACGCUGCAGGACAACCUGGAGAAUCUUAUGGAUAUUCAUGUUUUCCACCGACACAGGCCAGCAGUACAUACAGCAUGUGAAGUUGGCAAUGGAGGCUGCAGUCACCUGUGCCUCUUGGCACCUCUUCCAAAAGGCUACAGCUGUACCUGCCCUACUGGGAUCAACCUGCAAUCUGAUGGCAAGACCUGCUCCCCUGGAAUGACCAGCUUUCUGAUCUUUGCCAGAAGGACUGACAUCCGCAUGGUGUCUCUGGAUAUUCCCUACUUUGCAGAUGUUGUUGUCUCAGUCAAUGUCACCAUGAAGAACACCAUUGCAAUUGGAGUGGAUCCUCGUGAAGGAAAGGUUUACUGGUCAGACAGCACACUGCGGAAAAUCAGCCGGGCUGCCCUUGAUGGCUCACAGUUUGAGGACAUCAUCACUACAGGUCUGUUGACUACUGAUGGGCUGGCUGUGGAUGCUAUUGGCAGGAAGAUGUAUUGGACAGAUACAGGAACAAACCGGAUUGAAGUGGGCAACCUUGAUGGCUCCAUGAGGAAAGUCCUGGUCUGGCAGAACCUGGACAGCCCCCGGGCAAUAGCUUUAUACCAUGAGAUGGGGUAUAUGUACUGGACAGACUGGGGUGAGAAUGCCAAGCUGGAACGCUCUGGAAUGGAUGGCUCUGGACGUGUGGUGUUGAUCAGCAACAACCUGGGCUGGCCUAAUGGACUGGCAGUGGAUAAGGCUGGAUCCCAGCUGCUCUGGGCUGAUGCUCACACUGAGCGGAUUGAGGCUGCAGACCUCAAUGGUGCGAACCGCCACACGUUGCUGUCCCCAGUGCAACAUCCCUAUGGCCUCACUUUGCUGGACUCUUACAUCUACUGGACUGACUGGCAAACUCGCAGCAUUCACAGGGCUGACAAGGACACUGGUGCCAAUGUCAUCUUGGUGAGGGCAAACCUGCCUGGCCUCAUGGACAUUCAAGCUGUUGAUAGGGCACGGCCCUUGGGCUUCAAUAAAUGUGGAGUUCAUAAUGGUGGCUGCUCCCACCUUUGCUUGCCUCACCCCACUGGCUUCUCCUGCGCCUGCCCCACUGGCAUCCAGCUGAAGAGAGAUGAGCAGACGUGUGACUCUUCUCCAGAGACUUACCUACUUUUCUCCAGCCGUGCUUCCAUCCGUCGCAUCUCUCUGGAUACCAGUGACCACACAGAUGUGCACAUCCCUGUCCCUGAGCUGAACAACGUCAUUUCUCUGGACUAUGAUAGUGUGGAUGGCAAGAUUUACUACACAGAUGUAUUUCUAGAUGUCAUCAGGCGGUCUGAUUUGAAUGGCAGCAACAUGGAAACUGUUAUUGGCCAGGGUUUGAAGACUACAGAUGGCCUGGCAGUGGACUGGGUUGCCAGGAACCUCUACUGGACAGACACAGGACGCAAUACCAUAGAAGUAGCUAGGCUGGAUGGAAGCUCCAGGAAAGUGCUGAUCAAUAACAGCCUGGAUGAGCCCCGAGCCAUUGCUGUCUUUCCCAAGAAGGGGUAUCUCUUCUGGACAGAUUGGGGUCACAUUGCUAAAAUUGAACGGGCAAACUUGGAUGGCUCUGAACGUAAAAUCCUGAUUAACACUGACCUAGGGUGGCCCAAUGGAUUGACUUUGGAUUAUGACACCAGGAGGAUUUACUGGGUGGAUGCGCAUCUUGAUCGCAUAGAGAGCUGUGAUCUCCAUGGGAAGCUACGGCAAGUGUUGGUCAGCCAAGUGUCACAUCCUUUUGCUCUGACACAGCAGGAUAGGUGGAUAUACUGGACUGACUGGCAAACCAAAUCUAUCCAGAGAGUGGACAAAUACUCAGGGCGGAACAAAGAGACAGUCCUGGCCAAUGUUGAGGGACUGAUGGAUAUCAUUGUGGUUUCCCCUCAGAGACAGACAGGUUCUAAUGCUUGUGGAGUGAACAAUGGAGGCUGCACCCACCUCUGCUUUGCCAGAGCUUCUGACUUUGUCUGCGCGUGUCCAGAUGAGCCAGAUGGGCGGCCCUGUUCUACCAUUCCUGGUGUGGUGCCCUUUGGUCCUGAACCCACCAGUGUGAGAGAGAGAAGUCAGACACCACCUGGCAGAGUAGGUACUUCAACAACCAAACCUCUCACGCCUGCAGUGGAAGGAAACUGCUCUGACAAAGAUGCUAGGCGAGGCUUGUGUACCCAUGCCAAUGAGGCAGUGCUGGCAACCAUGGGAGAAGGACUGCAUGUCAGCUACAUCAUUGGAGGUCUUCUCAGCAUCUUGUUUAUUUUGCUGCUUAUUGCUGCUUUAAUUAUAUAUAGGCAUAAUAAGUCCAAGUUCACGGACCCUGGCCUGGGGAACCUCACCUACAGUAAUCCCUCGUAUCGGACAUCUACCCAAGAGGUGAAGAUUGAAGCAGUUCCCAAACCAACCAUGUACAACCAGUUGUGCUAUAAGAAAGAGACUGCUCCUGACCACAGCUACACCAAGGAGAAGAUCAAGAUUGUGGAGGGGAUAUGCCUUUUAUCCGGUGAUGAUUCCGAGUGGGAUGACCUUAAGCAGAUUCGGAGCUCACGAGGAGGGAUCCUGCGGGACCACGUCUGCAUGAAGACAGACACGGUCUCCAUCCAGGCUAGUUCUGGCUCACUGGAUGACACCGAAACUGAGCAGCUGCUACAGGAGGAACAGUCUGAAUGCAGCAGUGUUAACACAGCAGCAGCCACUCCAGAGCGGCGGGGCUCGCUCCCAGACACAGGCUGGAAACACCAACGCAAGCCCUCCACCGAGAGCGAGGUCUAAAGUACACGUGACUUUGGGGAUGCUCGUACCCUCCUUAGCCUCUGCUCUGCACAAACCAGACAAGACUCUGCCUGCUAGGCAAGGAAGGGCACAGAGACCAGCUCCUCUUGCAAGGGGCCCAGAGACUGGGACUGCCUUUGAGCAAGGAGCUUGGGCAGCUGUGCUGUUGUGGUUGGAGAGGGAGGAUGGGUGGGUUGGAACCCAGAGACCCUUUUGGCUCAUUUUCACUGUCUGUGGUUUAUUUAUGUUUCCCCUUUCCUGGAAGCUGCCACGUUAACUUCUGCAGUGACUCCUCUGGCCUGAAUCUGGUUCAGAUUGUGUUCUCUGGCAACCUGCGAGUCGUGUGACGGCCAGCUCACAGUCAAUGCCCAUGAAGAGAGCAGAGCUGCCUCAUUGCUAGCUCCUGGUUGCAGAAGUACCCCUGGUUCCACUAGUGUUCCAGCACUAGCAGCACACUUUGAGGCUUUGUGUUGAGGGGUUUCUGACGUGAAAGGAGUCUUGGAAUAGAUGAGGUAUACUUUGAGGCUCAAGGGGACAAAGACACAGCAUCAGGUCACCUUUAAAGGGCAUAAAGAGGGUGACUACAGUUGCCAUGAUUUGCUUCAUGAGAGCUUCACUGCUUACUUUCCCAUCUACUAGUAAAAACUUUAGGGAAUGCUUCA